AUGAGGAUCGUCGUCCUCCUCAUACUGAGCUUACUAGCUCUGUGUAAUGCUGGGUGGUGGUCUGGCAAGAAGGAAUCAGCGUCGGUUGAAGAUGAUGAGCCUUUCGACGAUGAGGCGCAAGAUUACUACAGAUUAUUGGAGAUUACUCCAGAGGCUACAGACUCUGAGAUCAAGCGGGCUUAUCGACGAUUAUCGUUGAAAAACCAUCCUGAUAAAGGAGGUGAUGAGGAUAUCUUUCAGAAAAUUUCACAAGCCUACGAAGUUUUGAGCGACCCCAACAAGCGUCGAGUGUACGACCUAGACGGUGUAGACGGGCUCCAGCAGUUGGCGCAGAGGGAGGCUCAGGGCCAGGGUGGUUUUUAUGACCCUUUUAGUGAAAUGUUUGGAGGCUUUUUUGGUGGUGGAGGAGGAGGAAGACGUCGGUCCGACAAGUCGCCUGAUCUAGAGAUACCACUCUUUGUAUCGCUGAAUGAUAUCUAUUCGGGGAAAACAUUCAAGCUUACUGCUUUCAAACAGAAACGAUGCAGGCGGUGUAGAGGUACGGGUGCGCGCACGAAGAAGGAUUUUCAAGAUUGUCCAGACUGUCAAGGCCAGGGGUCUAUAGUCCGUAUGGUUAAAUUGGGCCCGGGGAUGUACCAGCAUCUGCAUGAGCCUUGUGGGAGAUGUGGAGGGAAAGGAAAGAUUGCUGCUCGAAAGUGUCCUAAGUGUCAUGGGGCCCGAGUUGUGGCAGGAGUUGACACGUAUGAAGUAGUAGUGGAAAAGGGCGUUCCUGAUGGGCAUAAAAUCACCAUACCGUACGCUGGUGAUGAAAGCCCUGAAAAGGCGGCUGGAUCUGUUAUUUAUGUAAUACGAACGGUGUCUCAUCCUACGAUGCGGCGAGUUGGACAAGAUCUUUACAUGGAGUAUGUCAUCAGCCUGAGGGAGUCUCUAUUGGGGUUUACUAAGACUAUCAAGCAUUUGGAUGGUCAUGAGAUAGUUCUUAAUCGCAGUGGUGAGGUUACGAAGUCGGGAUUGGUGACACGGUAUGCGGGCGAAGGCAUGCCCUUGAAAGAUGUCCCGAGUGAAGCUGGAGAUCUGGUUGUGGAAUUCCGAGUGGAAUUCCCGGAGACCCUCACGGAGGAGCAGCUGAAGGGCCUUGAGGGAAUCUUGUAGGGUUAUUGAGAUGAGCGGAGCGGCGCAGUUUUCAU